AUGGCUCAAUUCCGCGUUGCAGUUUCAAGAGCGUUCCUCCAUAACAACCGCUUCUACGGAGAGUUCCCCUCGUGUCUUUAUCAACACUGCUUGCACCGCAUUGACAUCAGCAACAACAGCUUCUACGGCCCAAUGCACACCAACUUCCGUGGCAUGAUUCCGAACAGUGGUGCGCUGCUUAAUAUUGCACUCAACUACUUCUACGGUCAGCCCAUGCUCUUCGCCGACGGCUGCCAGUUCUGCCCCUCGGAAAUCAACCAAACCCCGCUCUCCACCGGCGCACUGGUGGGCAUCGCCGUGGGCUCUGCUGCUGCUCUUGCCCUCCUCCUCGCUCUCAUUGUCGUCGUGAUCUGGCCCAAACAGCGCAGGAGGUGGGCUGGCCUGGACGUGUGUCGCGAGUUCAGCAUGGCUGACAUUCUACGUGCCACGGACAACUGGGCGAGCGGCAACGUGCUGGGGAAGGGGGGCUUCGCCACGGUCUACAAGGGCGUGUCACCCACUGGCGAGCUGUGGGCCGUCAAGCGCAUCAGCCUCAUGUCCAACGACUUUGAGAAUGAGGUGCGGGCGAUGGCAUCGCUGAGGCAUGAGAACGUGGUGCGGCUGCUGGGCUUCUGCCUGCACCAGAGUGUGGAGAGCGGGCGGCAGGAGCAGGUGCUGGUGUACGAGUAUGUGCCCCAUGGGGACCUCAAGCUCCACAUUCACCACUCCAAGUCCCCACUGACCUUGCAGCAGAGGCUGAAACUAGCAGCAGGGGCAGCGGAGGGGGUGGCGUACCUGCACAGCUUCGCGGUGCCCAUCAUUCACCGCGACCUCAAGCCGGGGAACAUCCUCGUGAGCCCUCACAGCCGCGCCAAGAUCGCCGACUUUGGGCUGCUCAAACUGCUCAGCCACGCUGACGGCGGCGACGAGCGCACGCGCGUGGCAGGCACCCCGGGGUACCUGGAUCCGGACUACAACCGUACGCACGUGGUGUCGGAGAAGAGUGAUGUCUACAGCUUCGGGGUGGUGCUUCUUGAGCUGCUGACGGGGCGCAAGCCAGCAGUGGAGGGCACCGACAGCCACAUCAGCGACUGGGCAUCCAAGCAGGUCCAGCAGUACGAGCUGGGAGUCCUCAAGGACCCCACGCUGGAAGCGCCAGAUGAAGCCAUCGUUGAUUUCGCAGACGUGGCGCUCGACUGCCUCAAGAUGCCCGCCUCCCGUCGCCCCUCCAUGCGCGAGGUUGCCCGCCGCCUGCACGGCCUGCUGGCCCAGUACUGCACUGAUGACGGGCCUGAUGAUUCCCAAGCCAGCCCGCGAGUGGAGAGGGAGAGGGCGUUCGUUGGUGGUGGUGGGGAGAACAGCACCAUGGGGUUGUUUGACAGCAGCUUGUGGUCCGAGGGGCCGAUCGAUUGA